AUGCCGGAUUUCUCUUCUUGCGCGUUCACUUGUCUCUUGUGUUUGCGCAGCAAGAGGCGGUGCCUGCAGGUGCUGGACAUGACGGGCCUUCAGGACGACGGCGUGGACCACGGCCCCGAGAGCAUGAGCCUGUGGUCCAGGACGGUGACGCUGGCCAAAGCCUGCAUCGACCUCUCCAAGCGCCAGAGCAAGUGCGUCGAGCGCACUUCCAAGCGGAGGAAGGGCCCUUACAGCAGCGCGGUGGCCCCGCCGCCCCCGCGGCCCGUUUCCGUGGAGGUCCGCGUGGAUCUCUUCGUCAACAGCACGUCCUACGGGGUCCUGAAGGACGCCCUGCAGAGCAACGCCCACAGCGCCCUGCGCCUCAAGUGCCGGGACUUCCGGGCGGAGGAGCUCUCCAUCGCCAGCACCGUGGGCCUGCUGGAGUUCCUGGACCCCGGCAGCGUGCGGCAGGUGGACCUGCGCUUCAACAACCUGGGGCUCUCGGGCCUCCGGGUGGUCCUCCCGCACAUGGCCAAGUUCACCAACCUCGUCAGCCUGAAGCUGCCCUACAGCAACAUCGACGUGCGGCGGCUCUCGGCGGGCAUGGAGGGGAGCCUCCACUACUUUGCCGCUCAGCUCGGGAGGCUGUCGCGUCUCAAGGAGCUGAAUUUGGGUUCCUCCAGGCUUUCGGGGAAACUGAGGCAACUUCUCGGCGAUCUGCAGGGUCCCCUGGAGAGCCUCGAGCUUGCCUUCUGCUACCUUCUCCCCAGCGACCUCAGCUACCUGUCCCAGAGCCUCCACACGCCGGCGCUGAAGAAGCUGGACCUGAGCGGCAACAACCUCUCCGACUCCCUGCUUCAGCCCUUCCAGCGCCUUCUGGGAGAGGCCUCGUCCUCGCUGCUCCACCUGGACAUCAUGGAGUGCCGCCUGACGGACGCGCACCUGGACGCGCUGCUGCCGGCGCUGUGCCGCUGCGCCCGCCUCCGCUACCUGGGCGUCUUCGGCAACCCGCUUUCCACGCGGGGGCUCAAGACCUUGCUGCAGAGGACGGCGGCCCUGGCGGACCUGCGCCUGGUCGUUUACCCCUACCCCGUGGACUGCUACGCCGAGCAGCUGCCCUGGCCGCCCUCCUCCUCCAGCCUCUUGAACGGCUCCGUGGACGAGGAGCGGUUCUCCCGGGUGAGCGCCGAGCUGCAGCGCAUGCUGCUGAGCUCCAGCCGCGCCGGCGCCGUCUGGACGACGAACCUCUGCAGGCACAGCACCCUCGACUACUUCAGCUUGUAG